UUAAAUAUUAAAUAUGUUGCUUAUUUAAUAUACAUAGAUUAUAGAAUCUGACAAAAGUUAAUUUUGUUGUACAAAGACUAUUUUAUUUUAAAUAUAACCAGUUAAUGUGAAAAUUGACAAUACCAUGAGAAGGUGAUGUAAUUUUGGAGCAUGACGGAACCGCGUACAAUACCAUCUGUACUAUUUUUAACACGAAGAGGAUCAUAUCUAAUAUGAAAUUCACUAUUUUAUUGUUUAUUUUUGCUCAUUUAUACUUGAAGAUCUUUGGAGAAAGUUUGAAAGAUGCUUCCAGUACAAGAAACUCUCAAAAACAACAGUGUUCUAAAGUUAAUGUUAUUUUGUUCAUGGCAACUACGAUGUUGGAAAAAAAGGAAAACACAUUUAGUAUUGCAAAUUGGUUGGAACGUUCAGGCUUUAUUUUAGCAGCAAAAGUAAAAGUAGAGAUGAAUUCAGAAAAUGCAAAUGCAGCAUGUCAGUCAAGACUGCAGUGUAGCAAGAAUUCUUUACUACAAUGGGCCAAAACGUUUAAAAAUAUGACCACAGUUACUUUGUCACUAAUUAAGGAAGAAGAAGAUAUAUUUUGCAGUCCUGGUAAACACGAAAAUAGAAAAUUAUAUGAAUAUCAGGUAGAUUUUCAAAACAAACGGAAUUUGGUGGUUAGUCCACUUGUUCGUGGUAAAAUAAUCGUCAGUUCCAGCGUACAGAACGAUAAAACUUAUGGAAACAACGAUUUCGUCCGAUCAAGUAAAACUAAAAACUAUCCUAACGAAUUUCUAAACAGGAUAGAGAAACCCUCACAUGUAGUACCACAACACAAUUCUGAAGAAAACGAAGAUAUAAAUAAAGUUGAAAGAAUGCUCCAUCCGAAAAGUGAUGAAAAACAUGUGAACAAAGGAAGAGGUUAUUUCAAAUAUCCGCAUCAAAUUGCUUCAUAUUCAAAUAAAGAUGAACAUAAGCAAAUCUCAAGACCAAGCAAUAAUGUUGAAAAACAUGAGAACCAUCACAGAUUAAACAAUAAUUUCGAUGAAAAUGAUUUGCCGCAUUUGUUCUUAAAACCACUACAUUUUCAAACCAGUCCCAUGAACUUAGGAAAAUACAAAUUUCAUUCAGUAAAUUUAAGACCAAUUAACAGCAAUCAAAAACAUCUUCAGUUGAAUCAGAAACCAGAUGUUUUCCUCUCAAACCUGGACGACUAUAAUAAAAAAACAUAUAUUCACAGAACACUUCCACUAGAUGAUAAAAAUCACUAUCACUCAACGAAAAACAGUAAUGACAACAGCAAAUAUUAUAAUAAUCCUGAUGAACAAAUAUAUUUAAAUAUAAAACCAAAAUCAGGCAAUGUGGACGGUCAGCAAUUCACUAAUGGCGGUGUUAUCAAAAUGGAAGAGAAACCAAAACAGAAUAUUGAUAACCUGUUGCAUUACAAACCAUUUGGUUCCCAACACGAUUCAAAUGGAGUUGGUGCCCAGAAAUCCAUAAAUCUUGUUAUUGACGACAAUUCUGAUAAAGAUGGUACAUUAGAAAACCAAAAUAGGAAUUAUCAAAUACUUGAGAAUCCUCGAACGCUCAAAAAGUCAGGAAAACUCCGUUUUGGUUCAUCCAAAAACGGAAUUAAUUCAUUAGUUAGCCCACUUCAUUUCCAUAACCUUUUUAAUGUUCUUACAUCUUCUGCAACUGAAAAACACGACAUUAAAAUGAAUUAUCCACAUCAGUCAACAAGUAGUGAAGAAAUAACGAUUUUAAAGGGAUCGAAAACUAAUCCAUCAAAUGGUGCUUCAAAUAAAGAAAUUAUCAGCGAUAGCGAACGAUUCGAUCAAAAUUUUCCUUUCACUGGUCUUGCAAAUGUUCAUAGAACAAAGCGAGGUAUCAGUAUUGAUGAUGAAACUGAAGAAGUCUUUACAAAUCCAAAAUCAAUUGAACGAAAACCAGAUGAAGAAACAAGUGAUGCAGUAACCGAUUCAUCUACAAGAAACAGUUGGAAUUUUCUGGGGAUGAUGUCUGCUUUCAAGAACUCGUUUUUUAACGACAUGUUUUAUACCCUUAAUGGUAAAACAAGAUCUACAGAGGAAGAUGAUCUUGACACCAAAGACAUCGGUAAAAUCAUUGAAGAACCAUCACUGGCAGCAUUGCUGCUUCAAAUAAUACAGGAUGCAGAACUUCAGUCCUACUUAACCGGUCAAUCCGGAUAUCUUAUAGUUGUUGAUGGAUUGAACAUCAACGAUUUGCAUGAUUGCAAGUCGGAUCUCUCAAGAGGGAUAAUGGCUGCACGGAAAUCAACCAAAAAGUCUCAAACUCUUAUUGUCGUGAUGGGUUCUUGUCCUACCAAAGACAUUGCCAGAAAACAAAUCCUAAAUGAGCGUAACACGAACAAACAUCUAAAGGACAUCCAGUCCUUCCAUGAAGAUGUUUCACAUGAACAUAACAAGGAGAAGAUUUUAUUGGAUCGUCGCACAAGUACUCAACAUGUACCAAGUCUUAAAAUGAAGCAUCCUCAAACUUAUCAUGAUCAUGUGGUCAAACAAGAAGAUGAAAAGGAUGAAGAGGCUUUUUCACGUUACAAUGACAAGAAAAAUCUACACAACACUAAAGGAGCUCAGAAGAAUAAUUUAAACGAGCAAGUGCAGAAAACGCACCACGUUGAAUCAUUAGAUGAACAAGAAAAUUUGAACAACAAUCCUGCCAAAUUACAGCAACAUUCCAAUGUAAUAAGAAACGAUGAUCAAUGUAAAACAUCUCAUCGUUUUAUACCAGUUUACGCAUCGGGUCCUGGACAAAAGCACUUUGGUAAUGCCAAGUGUUUGGAGAGCGUUCCCUUUCUAAUAAGGGAUGUUGUUAUGACAAAUGGUAGAGCGUCAAGAGACACAGGAAGGGCGCGUUCGAUAAAUUCUGACGGGCUUGAAAAUGGAGCGAAAUUUCAAUCAGUGAGGUCCUUUUUGAGUAGUGCCACAACCGUUUACCUGCAUACUGCUUUUAUCAUUGUGUCUGUUUUGAUUUUGGCCGUUUAAUAAUAGACGACUACAAUUUGAGAUUGUGAUUUAUCAUUACGUAUAAAUUACAAAAAAUGUGUGUAGUGUUUUGCAUUCAAUUAGUUGAUUCGGACUGUUCGUGGGUACCUUUUCACUUAUUUAUUUAUGACAACUAUCCCGAUACCUAUAUGUUUAUUUUAAUUUGUUUAUUUCUACAAUUUGUCUUCGA